CGUUGUAUUAAACCUAACUGAACCUGAACGGAGCAACUGUGGUGGUUUCAGAACGGUGCCGUCGUCGAGUUCUGAGUGGCACAAACAAGAGACAAUGGCAACAAAAGCUCUUGGUUUCGCUCUGACUGUCAGUGACCUUUCCAACCGUUUCGCUUCCAAGUCGCCACCAAACGCUCCAAAAGUUUGCGUUUUUACUCUCAGAUGCUCCUCUGUCAAGGGAGAAAGGCCUUGGAAAACUUCAGAUGCUAGACUUGUACUAGAAGAUGGAUCAAUCUGGAAAGCGAAGUCAUUUGGUGCUUCAGGAACCCAAGUUGGUGAAGUUGUUUUUAAUACAUCAUUGACUGGAUAUCAAGAAAUUUUAACAGAUCCUAGUUAUGCUGGUCAGUUUGUGCUGAUGACAAAUCCACAUAUUGGUAAUACAGGCAUAAAUUUUGAUGAUGAGGAAUCAAGACAGUGCUUCCUUGCAGGUCUAGUAAUCAGAAGUUUGAGUAUCAGCACUUCAAACUGGAGAUGUGCGGAAAUUCUAGGUGAUUACCUAGCAGAAAGGAAUAUCAUGGGGAUUUAUGAUGUUGAUACACGUGCUAUCACCCGCAGAUUACGACAAGAUGGCAGCCUUAUUGGUGUGCUGACAAAUGACAAUUCUAAAACAGAUGAGGAACUAAUUCAGAUGUCUCAGUCUUGGGACAUUGUUGGUGUUGAUCUAAUAAGUGGAGUAUCAUGCAAGUCUGUACACGAAUGGGUUGAUAAAACAAAGCAAAAUUGGGAUUUUAAUUCCAAGGGGCCCGGGGAGACUUUCCAUGUUGUUGCUUAUGAUUUUGGAAUCAAGCAUAAUAUACUUAGGCGCCUGGCAUCUUAUGGCUGUAAAAUCACUGUUGUGCCAUCUACGUGGCCGGCAUCGGAAACCUUGAAGAUGAAGCCAGAUGGGAUACUUUUCAGCAAUGGCCCGGGAGAUCCAUCUGCUGUUCCUUAUGCUGUUGAGACAGUAAAGGAUAUUUUGGGAAAGGUGCCUGUUUUUGGAAUUUGUAUGGGCCAUCAAUUGCUAGGUCAGGCUUUAGGAGGCAGAACCUUUAAGAUGAAAUUUGGUCAUCAUGGAGGAAAUCAUCCAGUUCGUAACCUUCGAACUGGCCAGGUUGAAAUUAGUGCUCAGAACCACAACUACGCGGUUGACCCUGCCACACUGCCAGAAGGAGUGGAGGUUACUCAUAUAAAUCUUAAUGAUGGAAGUUGUGCUGGCCUUGCUUUCCCAGCUCAAAGGAUAAUGUCCCUUCAAUACCACCCUGAAGCAUCCCCAGGACCUCAUGAUUCUGAUUACGCUUUUAGGGAGUUUAUAGAACUAAUGAAACACGAGAAAAGCAAAAAACCAGAACCCCAACUGUCAGCAGUGUCUGGUUUGGACGCCUAACGUUUGAAGCUGAUACCCUGCUGGAUGAAAAGAAUAUAGUGAAAAUUUUAGUUUAUGAUUAAGUCUUGUUUGGUGAUUUUGUCCCUCGAGGGUUGAUAACCUUUCUUUUCUUCAUCUUUUGUUAUAAGGGCAAGCACGCCCAAGAUUGUUGUAACCCUCAAUUAAGGGGAUCCGUGUACUUUUGUUAAGAGAUAUAAGGAGCACCAAUUUUGUAUUCUCUCCAAUCCAGUGAUGAUAUGGUGUCAUAUUAAGUAAUCAAUCACUGUAAAGUUCUGGGUUUGAAGAGAAACCAACGGCAAACUUUUCUUGUAGAACCAUUUGU